AUGAUCCGUGUGGGAGCAGAUUACCAGGCCGUGAUCCCAGAGUGCAAACCAGAGAGCCCUGCUCGGUACAGCAAUAAGGAGUUGAAAGGAAUGCUUGUUUGGUCCCCAAACCACUGUGUUUCAGACGCCAAAUUGGACAAAUACAUUGCCAUGGCCAAGGAGAAGCAUGGUUACAACAUUGAACAGGCUUUGGGGAUGCUCUUGUGGCACAAACAUGAUGUAGAGAAGUCACUGGCCGACUUAGCCAACUUCACACCUUUCCCUGAUGAGUGGACAGUGGAGGACAAAGUCCUGUUCGAACAAGCCUUCAGCUUCCACGGCAAAAGUUUUGCUCGAAUCCAGCAGAUGCUUCCUGACAAGUUAAUCCCCAGCCUGGUGAAAUAUUACUACUCCUGGAAGAAAACUCGGAGCCGCACAAGUGUGAUGGACCGGCAAGCCCGCAAGUUGCUUAGCAAGAAGGAGAAGGACGACAGUAGCGAUGAACUGGAAGAGUCACGGCAGGCCAGCGAAGGCGAAUUUGAUACCAUGGAUCCCAAGAAGGAGCCUAGUUAUCAGAAGCCGCCUAGCAGUAAACCGGGGCCCAUGAAGAAGGAGCUCCAGCUUCCACAAUACCGGCACCAUCCCCUUCGCGCUCGCCGGCGCCCUCCUAAGGGCAUGUACCUGAGCCAGGAGGACAUCACGGGCCUGUCCACCAGCCCAGACAUGGCCGUGCUGACGCUGCGUCACCUGGACUCUCAGCUGGUUUCGCUCAAGCGCCAGGUACAGAGCAUCAAACAGAUCAACAGCAGUAUGAAGCAGGCAUUAGGUGAAGGGAUCCGCAAACUGCGCCCGCCCGAGACGAAUAUCAAGUUCAACUCCCGUUGGACAACUGAUGAGCAGCUGCUGGCGGUGCAGGCCAUCCGGAAAUACGGCAAAGACUUCCAAGCCAUCGCCGAAGUGAUCAGCAAUAAGACGGUGGCCCAAGUGAAGACCUUCUUCGUCAGCUACCGCCGCCGGUUCAACCUGGAGGAGGUGCUGCAGGAGUGGGAGGCAGAGCAGGAGGGCGCGAGUCCAGCCCCCCCGCCAGGCAGCUCGCCCCCCCAGGAGCACAAGAGCAGCAGCGAGGAAGAAGACGAGGUCCAGAUCACGGCCGUAUCGCGCUCUGUGCAGCCGCCGCCGCCGCCACCGCAGCCUCCACCGACUUGGAAGUUCUACGGGGGUGAGGAGGAAGAAGAGGGCAGACAAGAGGAGCGAAGGAGAGCCAGAUCUGCUCAGUACUUACUUGUCUUCCUUGACGCGCCGCGGGCAUCCGAGGCCAGCCGUGGGUUGUCCUAA